GUCUACAUGUAAGCAGUGCCCAGUUUGAUAACCAAAGAUUAUCUCAAAAUUCUAGUGAAUUAUGUGCUUGUGAUUUCUAGUCAAAACACAGAGGAAACAUCGAAAUGUGUCUGCGUUUGUUUGUCGGCUAUUUUUCGCUCUACAUGGGCUGCAUCGUCAUUGGAUUUACGGGGUUGCUUCUAGCCAUAAUGGUCUUCUCCGUGGGUCUAUUCGAGCUGGUCAAGGGCAACGAGCAAAUAUUGCUUGUGAUUUUGGCAAUGGUCUUUGGCGUUAUCAGUACCCUAGGCAAUAUACUUCUUCUCCUCGGCACCAUGUGGGAUAUGUGUUGUGCCAUGCUCCUGUCCUUUUCCAUAGGUAUUGUGUCCCUGGUGCUUCUCGUCGCAUUUAUGGCGCGCCUCUACAUCCUCUUCUGGGACCCUCUGCACCUCCUUUUAGGCUGUUUACUAAGCAUAAUCGAGAUGUACUACGAAUGGGUCAUCAUUUCAACCUGGUGGUGCUGUCGAUCGUGCACCCACGACUGCUAGGAGUUGCAGUUCGUUCCACUUGUUGCAUGCUUAGAAAAUGGAAACAUACCAUGUUGGGAAUCGAACGCCUUGGAACGCACAUACAACUCAUUGCGAUCUUCGCAUCGGUUGUAUCGCAUCGGUUGUGAGCACCAGAGAGAACUUGUAUCCGAAGCGACUUCGUGUUCGGCUCUUCGACUUGAGUAUCUUUCAAGUAAGUUAGUUUACUCUGAGACGCGCGAUGGAUAUGUCGUUCCUGGGGCGCUUGAUCUGUUCCAGCGAAUGAGCGUGUGUGUGCCAGUGUACCGCCCCCUACCCGUCAAGGAAAAUAUAAGAAAAGAAAAGAAAAAUAUCGGAAGAAAAAAUCCAAAAUUAUAUUGGAAAAUACACAAGUGUAUCUGCAAGUGCAGUCGUAUCUGUGAGACGAGAGUGUUUUCUAUUUGCCGCAAUUAGAAGUAACGGUGCGAAGGUGAUUUGCACGAGAGAAACUGGAAAAUCAGCGAAGCGCGAGAUACUUGUAUCUGCAAUUUGUGUGUUUUCGUUUUGUUUUCGGUUUCGCAAAUAGCAAGUGAAGAGCCCAUUACUUUAAUUCAAUCAUCGAUCGUUUGCAAUCGGUUGUUUUUGUGUGGCCCGCUUUGGAGAAUCCCCGUAAUUUGUUCUAAGCGCUCAUAGAAGUUAUCAA